CGAAGACUCACAAGUGUGCCGUGUGUGUGACAGACUCUGGGGUCUGAAGUAAAGCGACCGUCCACGGAGACAGGCAAAGCCUCUAGGGGGCCAUGUCUGGCGGCAGCAGUGCUAACAACAGCUGGACCAUCCUCACUCCUGAGGAGACUGUCGCUGAAACCCUGAGGCCUUUGGCAGAGGGAACAGAGCACCAUGAAGACAGCCAUACAUCUGCAGCAGGCUCUGGAGCAAACCAGCCUGCAGAGGGUGAAGCAUCUGCAGAGGGGUCCCCUGUGGAGGCGCACCUGGUAUCAGAAGAAAAACCAGCAGAGCUAAGUGGAGGCACAAGCACUGAGCAGCACACCUCCGUGCCCACCGCCAUCACUGAUGCCCCUGUUCCCACUUCUUUGGAAGUCUCCAGCAGCUUAGUUCCUGGCAGUGAUGCACUCAGCCAGUCAGAGGGCCUACCCCAGGGGCCGGCACAGUCCAGCCCUGACCCCGAUUCAUUCUCUGACUCCUACUCCCACAUAACCCCCUCCCCUGAUGAGCCCCCAGCGUCAUUGCUGAGCACAGAGACUCUGGGAGGGAUGGAGUUUACGCAAGAGGAAGAGAGGCUUGCACAGGAAGGAACACUGCAUCCAUUAAAUGGGGAGGAGCUACAUCAGGAAGAGGAUGAGACAGACCUGUCUCCAAGGACGACUGAUUUAGGGAAACAGGCAGAUUCCCCUGUGGAUUCAGAGGUGGGUGAGGAGAGGGCUGAGAGGACGGAGGAGGAAGGAGAGUCAGAGGUGAGGAGGAGGUCUCUCUUAGCAGCUCUGGAACGGAUCGGGAGGGCAGAGGAGGAAGAGGAAGGAGAGGAAGAGUUUCAGCUGCCACAGCGAGAGGAAGACAGCGGGUUCUCUGUGAACAAGUGCAUCCUUGGUGCUGUCAUUCUGCUAGGCCUCGGCACCAUCUUUUUCUCAGGUGUCUUCAUGGACCUGGAUGAGGAGAGUGAUUAUGGUACCAGGGAACUGAAAGAUUCAGAGGUUCCAGGAAAACAGGAGUGGCUUAAUCCGGAGGUUCCUCCACCCCCAGUAGAUGCUGACAGUACAGAGCUUCUAAAUAAGUUAGCCAAAGGGAACCAGCAUAUUUCUGUGCUACAAGCCCAACUUCAGGCACAGGGAGAAGAGCUAAAAGUAGCCAAGGGACAGGCAGCAGAGGGAGCAAAGGAGCGGCUGCGGUGGGAGGAGGUGGAGAAGGAAAACAGUAGGUUGAAGACAGAGAUGGCAUCUCUCCCUGUUCUUCAGACAGAGAAUGAGAGGAUGAAGAGAGAGCUGGAGUCUGUCCCGGCCCUACAGAAAGAACUAGACACACUGAGAUCGACUGUGACUGAAUUAAAACGCUCCUCAGCAGCCAGUGAAGCAGUUCAAGCGCCUGUGAAGCCCACUCCAUCGCCCCCCAGUGGCCAACCAGAGGACAGCAGGCAGGACACAGCUGGAACUGUAGAAACACAGGCCAGGAAACCAUGGGAUGACCAGAAGGAGAAGAAGACAGAUUGGAAGAAGGAAAAACAUGACAUUGGUGAAAACAAGGGGUGGAAACGCAAAGAUGGAGGUAAAACAGAAUGGAAAAAGGGAAAACAUGAGCAAGGAAAAUUUGACAAAGAGAAAGAUAAGGUAGAUAAGCAGAAGAGGCACAGUGAUGAGACAAAACAAUUGAAGGAGAAAGAGUGGAAGAAAGAAGUGGGGAGCAGAGGUGAUGAAGGAAAGCCAUGGAAGGCUAGGGAAGGGAAGAAAGAACAGAUAGAAAAGAGUGAGAGAAAAGAUAGGAAGGAAGAGAAAGAUUGGAAAAAGGCAAAGCAUGAGAAAGUAAAUGAGGGUAAACAAUGGAAAGGUAAGGAGGAGAAGAAGGAUUGGAAGGGAGGAAAGGACCGUGAAGAGAAGCACAAGGGGAAACGCGAGUGGAAGGGAGAGAAGGAGUGGAGGAAAGUGAAAGACGGCUUCAAGGGAAGUGGCAAUGAGAAAUGGGAGAAGAAAGAUUGGAAAGAGAAAGGAGAGAGGAAGGAGUGGAGAGGUAAAAAUGGCAAAGAUGAGGGUAAAGAUCGGAAAGGAAAGGGUGAAAGGAAACAGUGGGACGAGAGCGAAAAUCACGGCAAGAAUUAUGGUAAAGACAGGAAAGGGAAGGAUGAGAGGAAACACUGGAACGAGAAUGAGUGGAAGAGUAAAAAUGGUAAAGGUGAUAAGGAAUGGAAGAGGAAGAAUGAGAGGAAACAGUGGAACGAAAAUGAGAGGAAGAGUAAAAAUGGUAAAGGUGAUAAGGAAUGGAAGAAAGGGGAUGAGACGAAACAGUGGGAAAGGAAAGAGGAUGAGUGGAAGAGAGGACAGAAAGAGAAAAAGCACAACGGAGAUUGGAAAAGGGACAGAUCAAGCGCUGAAAAACACAAAGAUGAGCACAAAUUUUCCGGUAAUCACAAUAAUGACCACCAUGAAAAGCAUGAGUGGGGAGAUAGGAAAGCCCCUCACACACAUCGCAGACCCUCCAUGGAACAGCCUGAGUACUGGGUCCAGCAGAGAGACCGGCUCCAGCACAACCCCAAACCACCACAGCACUGUAACUCAUUGGAGACCUGCGCUCAGGCCGAGGGGCUGCUUCCUGUCCCCUUCCCUGAGUUUGAGGCCAUCCUCCGCGCUUACCUAGCCAAAGCAGAGGAGGUUGGAGUGGAUGCUUCCAAAACAGAGGAGCUCAAAAAGCUAGCUGCCAACUUCUUCAAGGAUGGGGUCUUUGUUCAUGACCAGAUGAGCUUUCAAGAUUUUGCGGAGGAUGUGGGAGAUAUUCUGGAAGAUAUGGUGGAAGGGGAUGAGAACGGGGAGGAGGAGGAGGAUGAGGAGGAUAGCGCCAUAGAGCAAGAAAUGGAGGAGUUUGAAAGAGAAGUCAUGAAAAAGUUUUCAGUGCCAGGAGCGGGAGAGAAAGAGGAGAAAAUCAAAGGGGAGUGGAGGAAGGAGAGCGGACGAGGACGUGGCUGACGUGAAAAAAAUUGAUGGAUCUGUCGAAAGUAGCUGAGAGGAGUCAUGACAGAUGAGGGGUUAUUCAAAGGGAACACUUGCUAUUGGACCACAAAUGCUUACAAGUAUACAUUAAUCCUCCUGUCAUCCUUUUUUUUUUCUUUCUUUUUUUUUUUUAUUUUAUUUUAUACAGGAUCUUAUUUUACGAUUGCCGUCUGCUGUCCCGGUGAUACAACUUAUAAUUUCAUUUCACUGUUUUGGGGAAGUUUUGUAUUUCACCUGCACACAUGCUCACAUCUUAGUACACAGUGGUGUAGAGAAAGGGCUUGCAUCUAAAUCAGACUAUAGGGUUUAUUUGGGUGGAUGUACAAGAGAAGAAGACUGCACUUAAGCUUCAGUGUUUUCCCUGUAAUGUAAUGACACUAGUUAAGCAUAAUGCCUACAGUAGCUACUCCUUGUGUCCAUAGAAAACUCUCCAAAACGUCCAGCUUCAUAUAUCUGACUGAGCACCUGCAGCUCAUGUUGAACAUCCACUGGUGUGAAAGUUAGUUCUGUAGAUACUGUAACUUCCUCUCUUUGCAUAGGGAGAUUAAAGCUGUUAGACUGAGUUGGAUGUUACUCUGCUUUGACUCUCAUCUCUAGAAUAACCACUGUACAGUCUCAGUCACACAUGACACCUCUUCCAUUGCAAACAGCACUGUGCACUGUUGGAAGUCCACCUAUUCACUGAUCAGGCCUGUACCUACAGUAUGUCAUCUUAAUGGAGUAAUUACUUAAGCCUGACUUUUAAUGUCAAAUUACCUUCAAAACAUAAACAGUUUUUUAUGAAGGGUGGAGUGAACGUGAACUGCUGAAAUGGUUUAGUGAAUAUUUUAUGUGAAACUAUAGAAAUCUGCAUUGGUUUUGUUUUGAAUGUUUGUACAUAUUGCAUUAAACGUGUUUAAGAACUAUGCUGAAAUAUAUAGCUAAAUUAUUUUAUAGAAGUUGGCAUAAUAUAGGCAGAAAACAAUUGGCGGGCACAUAAAAUAUUGACAUGUUGAACAUGUGUUCCUUUUCAGGUACAGAACUUGUAUUGUGCACUAAAAUGUCCUUAAUUGUUUUAUUAUGAAUGUAACAUUUGUUUUUAUUGGUUAAGUUGGUCACUUAGCACUUAGGUCAUGGGAAAUAGUUUUCAGAAAUAGCAGUAAUAGGUUCUUUUUUUAUUUCUUUAAACGCUAACUUGUGAAAUGUUGCUAAUUCAAGGACCUACAGCCGAAUACUGAUUGUCUUUCAGAGGGUAACAAUGCUGCAUAUAGACCUUCGUAUGUUGGGAUGCUCAUAUUUGGCCAUUUUAUUGUUAUAAGAGCAGAAUAAUAAAU